GUGCCGAGCUCUCCUCCUCACCGUGGCUGGCAUGAAACUUCUGCGGAGUUCCUUCUGCUGCCCCCCGCAGCAGUACGUCACCCUGGGCUUCACUGUGCUCUUCUUCCAGUUCGACUACAAACAAUAUUCGGAGGGUUUUCUCACCGACUACUUCAUCAUGUCUAUUCUCUUUAGCAAGCUGUGGGACCUCUUGUACAAGCUCCGUUUUGUCCUCACGUACAUCGCGCCCUGGCAGAUCACCUGGGGCUCAGCCUUCCAUGCCUUUGCCCAGCCCUUCGCCGUGCCACAUUCAGCCAUGCUCUUCCUCCAGGCUGUUCUCUCCGCGCUGUUCUCCACGCCCCUCAACCCGUUACUGGGCAGUGCCGUGUUUAUCAUGUCUUAUGCUCGCCCCGUCAAAUUUUGGGAGCGCGAUUACAACACCAAGAGAGUGGACCAUUCGAACACCCGACUGGCCACACAGCUUGACCGCAACCCUGAGCAUCAUCUACUAUGUGACCUGCUCCCCGAAGCUGGAGGAGUGGAUGGGGAACGAAGGCAUCCAGGAAGCCCUCCGGCCUUGCACCGCCCUCAACUACGCCGACAGCGACCCCACCUUCAACCUGAACAUUGACGAAGACUACGACCACCGCAUGGCGGGAAUCUCCCUGACUUCUUUCUGCAACAUCUACCUCGACUGGAUUCAGUACUGCUCCGGGCGCAGGGAGAAGGCCGUGGACCGGGAGUGGAAUUCCCGCCUGGUCACCCUGUGCUUCGGACUUUGCAUCCUGGGCCGCCGAGCCCUCGGAACGGCCUCCCACAGCAUGUCAGCCAGGUUGCAAAAAGGCUGCGGAGCCGGCUGCAACAGCGGAGGCAACAUCGAAGAUUCAGACUGUGGUGGGGGCUCGUCUCUCAGCAAUAACCCCCCCGGGCACAGCGCACAGGUCCCCGGGAGCACGGCUCACAACGCCGGGCCGGCGGCUGCGAACCCCACCGAGCCGGGGACCACGGGUGCCCAAUCUCAGGCAGAAUCCGAUCCCAGCCUUCCUCCUCCGAGCCAGAGCUGGCUGGUCCAGCCCCAGCUAAGCCAGACCGACGGGCGACCCCCGCCGACCCCCGCCGCCUCGUGGCCUCCGGGCCCCCAUUUCCUGGGAAGCCAGCUUUCCUGCGCCAGCUCCUUGGCUUCCGUGGCUGAGGGCGCCGGACGUACCCCUCUGCCCCUCCACCCCAGCCUCGGGACUCUCUCCCCUUUUGUCUACGAGGGUCUCUGCAGCAAGUGGAGCUUGCCCACCCGCAAAGGACUGAACGGGUUAGGGGGCAGCGAGAGCGAAUUCCCGCCCGGAACUCCGCCCCCCCACACAAAGGACAGCUCUUCUAUAGCGACUAAUGCUGUUGCCGCCUUGGGGACACUUACCAUUGGAGGGAGCCCUAAAUCUCAG